CUCCGUCAUGACUUGGCUUCUCAAUAGCCUAGAACCAGCCAUCAGUCAAAAUAUCAUGUGCUUGGAUAGUGCCAAAGCCAUGUGGGAUGCUCUACGGGAGAUGUUCUUCAAUGACAAAAACGUUUCUCGGGUAUUUGAAUUAUAUGAGAAACUUUUCUCUCAUACUCAGGAUACUCAGUCAGUCAAUGAUUACUUCUCUACCUUGAAAGGCCUCGCUGAUGAGAUCUUAGUUUAUCAUCCUCUUUCCUGUGAUGCCACAACAAGAGCAAAACAAUGGGAGGAAUUCAUGGUAGCAAAAUUUUUGUCAGGUCUUAAUGCUGAUCUCCAGCCACUUCGAGAUAGCUUAAUGGCUAGUGAUGACAUUCCAACGUUGUCUAAUGCGUUGUCUCGCGUUCUUCGUGUCUCCACCGGGCGUACGGAAUCCACCUCGUUUGAUAAUUCAGCUAUGUCUGCUCGCGGUCGAGGUUCGUAUGGUGGACGUGGCCGUGGACAGGGACGUGGCCGAGGUCGAGGACGAGGGUUUCAUGAUCGACUAUGUGAUCAUUGUGGUCGUUCGAAUCAUGAGUCUGAUAAGUGUUGGAAGAAGUUUGGCAAACCAGAUUGGGCUAAUAACAUUGAGUUUGCUGCGCCAAGUUCUUCAUCUACUACUACUGAUGCCUCUACCUCUGUAGCUGCGUUUGCUGUGUCUCCUGGACCUGCAGACGAAGAGGACGAUUGGUGGAGGACAUGAGCGUGGCGGUCUGUACUACUUGGAUAAUGUUUCACCUGUCUCUCCUAGUGCUCUCUCUGCUGUUGUGUCUCCAUAUCAGUGGCAUUGUCGUCUUGGUCAUCCGUCUUCUGCUAGUCUUCGUAGUUUAGUUCCAGUUGCGUCUGUUGAUUUUAAUUGUGAGUCAUGUGAGUUGGGCAAACACCAUCGCACUUCCUUUCCUUCUCGAGUCGAGACUCGUAGCUCUUCUAUUUUUGAUUUAGUUCAUUGUGAUGUUUGGGGUCCGAGUAGGAUUGAGUCCAGAGGGGGUUUCAAGUAUUUUCUAAUUCUUGUUGAUGAUUAUUCCCGUAUGUCAUGGUUGUAUUUGCUUAAACACAGAAGUGAAGUCCCUACUGUUCUAAAAUCUUUUUAUCAUGAAAUAAAGACCCAAUAUUCUGUUGA